AUGGUAGACUACUCCAAAUGGGACAAGCUCGAAGUCUCUGACGAGGAAUCAAAGCCAAAGAAAUCCCCGGUGCCAGAAGCGAAGGUGCCGCCCAAAGCGGCGCCCAAACGGAAGCUGCAACCCUUUGACUACCAUCCAGAGAAGUCUCUUCACAAGGACCUUUUCGAGCCCGAAAAUUGGAAGCGAUGGAUACAUCCAUCACUGCUUCAGACCAUUUCUGAAUGGCAAAGACUGAAGCAAGCUGGUGAAGUUGCAUCGUUCCGCUGUGUUGACUUGGAGAAGAUGGAGGGCUUCAGAGUUGAGGCGCCUGGAAUCUGCAGCUUUCCGGCCUUGACGGACGAGUUCUGCGACCUGCUCAUGCAGGAGGUGCAGAAUUAUCGCGCGAGUGGAUUGCCAGCCAGAGCUCCCAACAGCAUGAACAACUACGGCUUGGUCCUGAAUGAGAUUGGAAUGCGCCCCGCAUUUUCCGCAAUCCUGAAGGAGGUUCUGCUGCCACUUGGGGCAAGGCUGUUUGGUGAUGAUGAAGACCGGGUGGCAUCGGUUGGUGGAGUGGCUGUGGAGACGGAAGACUGGGGUGGUUCCAGUUUGGAUGACCACCAUUCCUUCAUCGUGCAGUACAGGCCAACCGAUGACAAGCACCUGGACAUGCACAUCGAUGAAUGCGAUGUUACCUUCAACUUUGGCAUAACUGCGCAUGGCAAGUUCGACGGCAAUGACCUCACAUUUUGUGGCAUGUUUGACUCAGCUGACCACCGCAAAUACCAUCACAGGUACAAGCAUGUGAGGGGGCGAUGUGUGGUACACUCCGGCAAGCGCAGACAUGGAGCCAUGGACAUUGAGAAGGGCGAGCGCGCUUCCCUGAUCAUGUGGACGAAGAGUCGAAGCUUCCGACGGACACAGGCCUAUCGGGAAAGGAACAGGAAGGGCCUGACCUACGGUGAUGCUGAUCGCGUGUGCUUGAGCUACACCCACGACCCCGACUACAAGAAUCUGAUGCCAAAGAAGCUUCAGUACCACAUGAAGCCAAAGCAUGAAGGUGAAGUUGAAGUGCCAAUGCGGACAGAGAAGCGGUGGAUCCGUGUGUGCGCUGCUGCAGAGCUUCCUGAGGGCGAGUCCAGGCUUUUGGAGCUGAAGGAAGAGAACGAGCAAAUUGCGGUGUUCCGGCACAGAGGAGAGCUCUUUGCAUUGGACAAUCGAUGUGCGCAUAUGGGCGGCUCCUUGUGCGAGGGGGAGAUUGAAGAUGUCGGCACCGAAAAUCUUGGCUGCAGCGAUUCCAAAGCGACUGAUGGGAUGGUGAUUUGCCCGCGGCACUACAUGUGCUUCAACUUGAGGACCGGAGAAAACGUGGAAGGAGAUGCCACGAUGCAGCAGCAGGUGUAUCCGGUGCGCUUGAGAGACGACCAUGUGGAGGUGGAAGUCGAAGUUGAAGUGCCUCUUCAAUCAGAUUUGACAUCAGCUCUCUCCUUGCCCAGACUCGCGAUCUGGCUCCAUCGUAACCAGGUGGUCGCUGCUGUUCCCUUCGUUCUGGGCAACUUGGAAGCAGCAUAA